GUGGUUAGUUAGCUUUAGCAGUUUCUUCUUUGUUGUUUUGUUAAAAGUAUGUGUGAGUGGUCUAUAAUAACCCCCACAAGGUAACUUGAUGACUGAUGCAGGGUGUGCCCUUAGAUUUUGCUAGACGAAAUGGUUUGAACAAAGGGAGGCGUGUGAUAGCUUUGAGGAACCAAGAAGGAAAGACAUGGGAAUCUAAAUUAAAGAGUACGAGGUCUGGUCAGGUUUUCAUAUGUCGGAACUGGAGAAGUUUUUGCACGGCGAGCAAGUUAAAAAUUGGAGACUCUUUCCAAUUUAAACUGCUCCAAAACACGGAAACGCCUGUGUUUCAGCUCUGUAGCCUUUCAAAGGUGAAGCCGAAGAAGGAGACUCUAUCCGAGUCCGAGGAAGAUGAUGUUGUUGACAAAACUGAAACACCCCGGUAUGUGAAGAUAACUACUACAGCAAGCAGCCUUGAGAUUGGUAAACAGCAUCUACCGGUACAUUUCACGAGAGGGAACAAGCUCAACAAGCCGGGGAAGAUAGUAUUGGUAGACAAAGACAAAGUGGAGUGGUCGAUGAAACUUAAUCAGGAUAGUAGAAGUGGAACUAUGUAUAUUAUGGGUGGUACGGCUUGGAAAAGUUUCUGUGCAGCGAAUGGAGUAGUCGUAGGAGAGUCUCUAACUCUGGAAUUGAUCCGACGUGGGAUGAUUCUUUUGCUCAAGUUUUGCUCCAAGAUGGAGCAACCACCGUUUAAAACAAAGGCUCGAAAACACAAGAGAGCACGAGUUCAGAGACUGACCCGGGAGAGUAGAUCGGAGGAUGACGUCUCAAGUCAGGAGGGCAUAGUUAAAUAGAGUGCUUAAGCUAGUAUAAUUAGUAUUUAAGACAACAGUUCUUCCUGAGGUUAACAAAACCUAACUCCUAUGUUUUCUAUUUACUCAAAACCUGUGUCAUAUGGACAUGAUGUCUAGUAUGAAUUAAACAAUCGGUUUUCAGUUCAGAUAUUUUGGUUUUCGGUUAUUAGAGAUUCAGAAAUCGUUGGGUUAUUUUGGUUUUUGGUUCGGAUAACAAUGCUAAAAUCUAUACUAUACUAAAAGGGAGAUAUACUUCAUUCUAAAGCUGUCCACGUCGGAUAAAUUAAUUAGCCAAUGAGGGAGAAGUUUUUUAACACGUCAUUAUCAACUACGCUGGGCUUCUUCCCAUGGCCCAAAACGAAUCCACUUGAGUAAUCUAUUGUCCGGCGAUUUCUAUCGAUUUCUCCGUACUUCGUCUUCUCCGCUUCGAUUUCUUGCAACCUCAAUUACCGCGAUCCCACUUCUUAUCAAUCAAUAGGUUUUACCGUUUCAAUCACUCAUUCAGUUCUUAUAUCUCUUCCAAGACGUUGUAUCUCUAUCUAUAAAAAGGUGAGGAUUCAUCCCUUCAGAAUCAUCCUUUUGAACGCCUCUCUGUUUCUACCAUUGUAGUAGGUGGAUCUUCAGCCAUUCCGUUUAGUUUGAUAUGUACGAUCGAGCUAGCAUCAACAAUCGGAGCCAUAACUACCCUCGAUUGUAUCACCGGAACCGUUCUCAUCCCCUCCUUGGAUCCACAAGUGUCAUCCAUCUUCCGUUGGGUCUGGCGAUUGCUCCGGGAAUGAAGCAAACGAAUGAGACGGCGGAAAGAAUAAGCUGAGGAAAAACUCAGGCUUUUGGAGAAGGAUAAAGGACAAACAGCGACUGAAAGGAUUUCGGAUACGAGAAUUAAGAUGUGUACGAUAACGGCGAAGACGGUGGGAUGUGAAAGCCGUAGGGGAUUUGUUGGAUAGAGAGUGUGUGAGGCCUGAUGUGAUAUUAGCUGAGGGAGAAGAAGACAGUGAUGAUGAGGAUGAUGAUACUGUGUUAUUGCAAUGGGAUAAGAACGAGGACGUUUGAUAUCAGCCGAAGUGAUCAGCAUUUUCUAUAAACUAUGAAAAUAAUUUUUUAUUUGUGAUCACAUGAAAUCCAGCGAUUAACUCUGUUGCUUCUUAAAAAGAUUAAUAAGACUAACUCUGUUGCUUCUUAAAAAUCUAGCAAUUUUGCUGUUUGGAGAUUUUGCUCACAGGACAUCGUUGCCGAUGUAGAAAGUGGAGGAAUUGUGGCGGAGGAAGAGCUUCAGCUAUUGAACAAGCCUAAUCAUGUAUCAACACCAGAGGAGGCCGAAAAUCAGUGUGGGAAAGCAGGCUGUGGCCAGGUCCUGCAUGAGCCCUUUCUGAAGUUCUUAAAGCAUGAAGAAGAAGAUGAAUCAGAGAUUUCCCAGGACAUGGAGAGACUCGCCCUGGAGUAUUACGAUCCCAAACCAGGUGAAUUUGUGGUUGGUGUUGUGACCUGUGGUUUCUGGUAACGAGAACAAACUUGAUGUGAGUAUAGUUGCGGAUAUGUUGGGGACCAUAAUGACGAAUGAGAAAGUUCCAUUGUAAGACAAAGAAUUUGAUUAUUUGCUUUGUGAUUUAAAGUACGUUGCUGAAGAAUUCUUGGUUCAUGGUAAAAUAGGGAUUGUUAAGGAUGAUGAUGAAGAUGGUGUUUAAGUUGUGUAGUUUGCAAGGCAAGGCAUGCAUGUGGUGGAGAUAGGACGUUGAGUGGAAGGUCUUUGCUUUCUUCUAGACGUUACUUUAGAAGAAUAGCUUGGCACCAAGUGAGGUAGGUCUCUUUUUGUUCCUUGAUUUCAAGAACUGUUACUGGUUGAUGUAUCAAGAAGAUUCUAAUGAAAAGUAGGUUUUUAUGUGGUAGACCAAACAGCUUAAUGAGCCCACUGAUGUUAAGAUAACUGAGUGGAAUAUCUCUCACCAGAAUUGAGGUCGGCUUCACAUGUUUGCUUAGAGUUCAUGCCGUUUACUGGAUUUAAUAGUUAGUUUUUUUGUUUAAUCUCAGGGCUUGAGAGGUUCUAUAUAGUUGAAGAAAAAAGUAAAGCAAGAGCUCUUUUUUUGCUGACUUGCAGUAAGCUUUUUGGUUUCCCUGUUUCUAGGAUGGAAGCAUGAUAAGGCAAAACGUCAUUUGAUUGAAGAGUUUCAGAGAUAACAAGGAAUUGUUUUCAAGAUUGACGAACUCGAGAUACAAGCCGAACAUAGCGAGCUUUUGCAAGGAUGUGUUGAAAACUGGGUAGUAGUAAGCUAUGACAAGACAAAUCAUUAAAAAUAUGGAUGGUAAAUGAUGAUGGAAAGACAGAUGGAAAUGAGGGAAGUUGAUGAUUGUGUGUGAUAUCAGUAGAUAAAUACAAAAGAAACACGUACGUGUUAUCCACGUUAAAUAGCUGAGUGUAUCUUGGGUCUUUUUUGUAUUUAAUUCAGCUUGAGUUAUAUAUGUGUUUGUUUUAAGACUUUUAGUGCAAGUUUUUUUUUCUUCUCUGUUAUUGUUGUAAACUUGUGAUGUGAUCAUCUUUGAUAAAUAAGUUGGUACAACGUGGGUUUGAGACUUCUUUUGAA